AUGGCCGAUCUCUAUCGAAUUGAACAGGGGGAGAAUGAACAUCCAAAAGCAUACUUACAGCGUUUCAUUGACCUCGUACAUCAAAUCCACGACGUCAACCCACUCACCGCAGCAAAUCUUUUCGUCAAAAGCUUGCAAGUGGGGUCACUCUUGCAUGAGAAUCUCACUAUGACACCACCAUACGACAUGACAGACGUGCAGACCCGAGCCGAGGGCGUCUUCAGGGUAUUAGAAUUUCGAGAGCGCGCACAGAAGAAGACUGCACUUAUCUCUGCUCCCCCAACAAAUAAUCCUCCACCACCUGCCAGGGACGACAAGAGGAAACGGAACCAAACAGAUCAUAUGAAGGAAGGAAAAAGGCCAAGACAGGAUCGACAACCAUCACGAUACCCAUCCUUCGAAUACACCGUCCCGCAAGAAGUCAUUUAUGAAGAAAAUAAAGACAGGCCUAUCUGGCGAGAGCCCUACAAAAUUACCACUCCAUCUGACAGAAGGGAUAAAAGCAGAUACUGUCUCUUCCACAAAGAUCACGGUCAUACGAUCGCUGAAUGCCACAAUUUGAACAAUCAGAUCCAAGCCCUCAUGAGGAGUGGGUGGCUUACCCAAUACAUCAAGGAGACAGGCAGACCAGGCGCCUCGCGGCAGAACCCAGCUUCUGCCUCUGCUCCGCAGGCGUCAGACCCCGUGCACACAGCCUCUGAAAGCACCCUGGAGCCUCUUAAGCAAGUCCCUAUGAUCCACGGGAUCGUAGAGCCCACUGAUAAUCAAGAGCAUGCAACUAAAAUCCAUAAAAGAAUGGAAGAAUGA